ACAGCUCAGUGCGAUUGGAACCCUUGGAACGAGAUGCGAUUCGUACUGUUGUCCGGCGGACUGCUGCUGCUCUUGGUUCUCCUGCUGGGCGCCUCGUGCAACGGGGCCGGCAAGGUGAUAUAUUUUAAUCAACUAAAUUCCGUACAAUCCCUGGAGGCAUCAAAAAAUAACACCGAUGCUUUGGGCAAGGGAAUGCUCUUCGAUACCAGGGGAAAUCGCUGUCGACAUGGCUUCGUCCGGGAUCAUCAUGGCCGUUGUCGGAGGGUGGUCUAAAAAUGGAAUCUCCCACUUGGCUAAGUUAAUUUUAAAUACGUGUUUAUUUUAAGUCUGUGCGUCUUCAGAGAUUAAAGUGAAAGGCUGAGCGCCUAAUCUGUCUACAGAUCUUGUAAA